CAGACUGGGUAGCAUUGACUAGCUGGACUGCUGCUGCUGCUGUUGCGCACCGUCUCGGCCUAAUCCAUUCGCAACAACCGCAUCCACAGCUCGACUCGCAGUAUGGGCAACUCGCCGAGCUCGCUGCAGCAAUGCAUCGAGACAGUCGGAAAUGGCAGGGUAGGCUUCGCUGGAUUCCCUAGCGACCCUCUCUACCAGAUCACCUGGGUCAAACCGUACAAUCUGGACGUGGCAAUCACUCCCGCCGCAGUGGUGCGUCCUCAGACAGCCGAGGAUAUUUCGGGCGUUGUCAAAUGCGCCGCGGCAAAUAAUGUCAAGAUUCAGACCAAGUCCGGGGGUCAUUCUUACGCAAACUACGGCCUUGGGGGUGCGGAUGGCGCUGUCGCCAUUGACAUGGUCAACUUCCAGCACUUCAGCAUAGACAAUAGCACUUGGCAAGCUACCAUCGGUGCCGGCACCAGACUAGGCGAGGUUUCACAGAAGCUGCACGAUGCAGGCGGCCGGGCCAUGGCUCAUGGGGUCUGUCCCGGCGUCGGCAUUGGCGGCCAUGCCACUAUUGGCGGCCUCGGUCCCAUGUCGCGCAUGUGGGGUUCCUGUCUGGACCACGUUCUCGAGGUCGAGGUUGUGACUGCGGACGGCAAGAUCCAGCGGGCAAGCAGCUCGGAGAACGCAGAUCUAUUCUGGGCACUCAAAGGCGCAGCAUCUGGAUUCGGCGUUAUUACCGAGUUCGUGGUCAAGACUCAUCCGGAGCCAGCUCAUAUCGUCCAGUACGAGUACACAAUUGCAUUCGGCAGCCAAGCCGAGGCGGCGCCUCUGUACUCGGCAUGGCAGAAUCUCAUCGCCGACCCGGCACUCGACCGCAGAUUUGGAUCCAUGUUCAUCAUGAUGCCCUUGGGAGCCAUCAUCACCGGAACCUUCUACGGGACUGAAGCCGAGUUCCAGGCCACCGGAAUUCCCAAAUGGCUUCCCAAGGACGCUGGCGGCGCCAUCGUCAUCAACGACUGGCUCGGGUCCCUCGCGCACGAUGCUGAGAAGGAGGCACUCUACCUCUCCGACAUCUCGACGCCUUUCUAUUCCAAGAGUCUUGCCUUCAAGCGGGAAGAUCUGCCUUCGGCUGACAAGGUCAAGGACCUGUUCCGUUGGGUGGACGACCAGGACAAAGGCACGCUCCUCUGGUUCAUCAUUUUCGACGCGGCUGGUGGCGCUAUUGGCGACGUCGCUGCCAAUGCCACAGCCUUCGCGCACAGAGACAAGGUCCUGUACUACCAGUCAUAUGCCAUCGGCCUCCCACUCACCGGCACCACCAAGAAUUUCAUUACCAACUUUCACAACCAAGUUCAGGCAGCGGCGUCUCCAGGAACUUACGGAACUUACCCCGGAUACGUCGACCCGGCUCUAUCGGACGGACAGCAGCAAUAUUGGGGCUCAAACUUGCCCUUACUCGAGCAGAUCAAGCUGAAGUGGGAUCCGGCCGAUCUUUUCCAUAACCCCCAAAGCGUCCGUCCGGCGUCGGCAUAAGCCUUCCUUCGACUACAUAAGCCAUGACAGGCCUUCGGAUUAGCACCGGCUUUGGGAAAACUACCUAGACUGGGGCUAAUGAAUUGUAGUAAUCCGUUCUCAGUCCAAAUUUCGAUAUUCUAGAGCAGGGCUCAACGAGUGGCGCCAAGCAACU